AUGUCUGCCCUGCGGAUUCUCGUCCCCGUGAAGCGAGUCAUUGACUAUGCUGUCAAGCCGCGAGUCAACAAGGCCCAGACGGGCGUGGAGACGGCCGGCGUCAAGCACUCGAUGAACCCGUUCGACGACCUCUCCGUUGAAGAGUCUGUUCGAAUCCGCGAAAAGAAGCGCGCGCCCGGCGGCGUCGAAGACAUCUGCGCCUUCUCGGCCGGCCCGCCCAAGGCGCAGGAGAUCCUGCGGACGGCCAUGGCCAUGGGCGCGGACCGGGGCAUCCACGUGGAGAUCAAGGACGGCGAGGAGCUGGAGCCGCUGACGGUGGCCAAGCUGCUGAAGAAGUCUGUGGAGGAGCAGAAGAGCAACCUAGUGAUCCUGGGCAAGCAGAGCAUCGACGACGACGCGGGGCAGACUGGGCAGAUGCUGGCGGGUUUGCUUAACUGGCCGCAGGCGACGCAGGCGAGCAAGAUUGAGUUUGGAGAGAAUGACUCCGUGACGGUGACGAAGGAGAUUGAUGGUGGCGUGGAGACGGUGAGGGCGAAGUUGCCGAUGGUGAUUACGACGGAUUUGCGGUUGAAUACGCCGCGGUAUGCUACGCUGCCUAAUAUUAUGAAGGCGAAGAAGAAGAAGCUGGAUAAGAAGACGCUUGAGGACUAUGGAUUGACGAAUGACAAGAGGCUGAAGGUGUUGAAGGUUACAGAGCCACCGCAGAGACAGGGAGGCGGCAAGGUUGAGGAUGUCGAUGGGUUGAUUGGCAAGCUGAAGGAGCUGGGCGCUCUGUAA